AUGACGGUGCACCCACUGCCCCCAGAAGAAGUAUCAGAAAAGCCCUUGUUGAGUGACUCUGAUGCUGCAGCGCUCGCACCAUACUUGACUAGCCAGACCGUCGUCGUAAAAAGUGUACUGAGGCGACGACGAAGCACACAGAAUACUACCGUAGGAGAUACACCUCAGAGGCGAUAUAACGUAUUAUUAUUUGGAGAUAGUUUGACUGCUGGAUGGUGUGGAGAAGACGGAUAUGGCGAAUAUCAUCCAUACGGAUUACGAAUACAAAAACGUUUCGAAGAAGAAGGAUUGGACGUAGAGGUCACUGUAAGCGGUGUCCCAGGUGAAUGCUGCGCUAACAUGGAAGAGCGUCUAAAGCGUGAAUUGGAACAACCAGGCAAAUGGUAUGACUGGGUUAUAAUACUCGGAGGAACAAAUGACGUAUUCCAGGGGUACUCUGCAUGGGAUAUAUUUGAAUCAUUGAAGAAGUUGUAUGCAUUAUGUUCAAAGCAUGGUGCAAGAGUCUUGGGAAUAACCAUCCCGGAAUUCGACUUGGAGGAAGCAAAUAAACUCGACUAUCAACGUCGUAUAGUAAACGAGCACUUGAACGUCUUAAAUAAUAGUACAACGCGUAAUACAUACACACUCUUCCUUCUCGACAAAUUCUUGCCUAUGCAUUCAUUAACACCAGAGCAACGCAAAUUCUACUGGAAUGAGGAUGGAAUGCAUCCAACUGAAGAGGGAUACGAUUUAAUGGGAGAUAUGAUAUUUGAUGUUAUCUACAAAGAGGGCAAAUGGAACUAA